AUGGGAGCAGGCAACACCAGCAAGUUGAGUGAAUUCUUCCUCAUGGGCCUCACCGAUGAUCCUCAGCUUCAGCACAUCCUCUUUGCCCUCUUCUUCCUCAUCUAUGCAGCCACAGUGGUGGGAAACCUGGGCCUCCUCGCCAUCAUUGUACUCAGCCCUCAACUACACACUCCCAUGUAUUUCUUCCUCAGCCACCUGUCCUUGCUUGACUUCUGUUUUUCUUCAGUCACAGUCCCCAAAAUGUUGAUGGGGUUUUCCCCAGGUUGCCAAACCAUCUCCUUCUCUGAUUGUGUGGUCCAGACAAGCUUCUUUUUGAUCUUUGCUUCCACUGAGUUCUUCCUCCUGGCUUCCAUGGCCUAUGACCGCUAUGUGGCCAUCUGCAACCCUCUGCUCUACUAUAUCAUCAUGUCUCCACGGCUCUGUGUGCAGCUAGUGGCUGCCAGCUAUGCAGUGGGCCUGAUGAACAUGGCGCUUCUCACUAGCACAACCUUUCAUCUGAACUUCUGUAAGUCCCAUACCAUCUCUCACUACUUCUGUGAAAUCCCUCCUCUUUUAAAACUCUCCUGCUCUGACACCCAUGCUCUCCAGCUUCUCCUCUUUGCCUGUGGUAGCUUUAAUGUGUCGGUGUCCCUGACAGUUGUCCUGGUUUCCUAUGCAUGUGUCUUCUUGGCUGUUAUCAGAAUCCCUUCUUCCCAGGGCAAAUACAAAGCAUUCUCCACUUGUGUUUCUCACCUGACCGCUGUCAGCCUGUACUAUGGAACUACGGUGUUCAUCUACUUGCGCCCAUCCUCUGAGUACUUACUAGGCAGAGACAAGGUGGUCUCUGUAUUCUACACAGUAGUCAUACCCAUGCUCAAUCCAAUUAUCUACAGUCUAAGGAACAAAGAUGUGAAGGAAAUAUAUCAGAACAUUCUCAAGAAGGCCUCACAGUUGUUCUCCCUCCUCAUGGUCAGAUUUCUAUGA